UCAUUCCUUGAGACCAUAAAAAUCUAAUCCAUCUCUCCUUCUUGUGCUUUGUGUUUACAGUACCAGUUAGUGCUCACUCAGAGAAAUGGCAGGACGUCCGUACACCUCCCUUUUCCUGCUGGUUUCUCUGCUUCUUCUACUCACAUUCUCUGAUGUGGCUGAGGGUUACAACAAGCUUCGUCCUUCAGAGUGCAAGCCGAGAUGUACUUACCGUUGCUCUGCCACAUCGCACAAGAAGCCAUGCAUGUUCUUCUGCCAAAAAUGCUGCGCCACAUGCCUAUGCGUUCCUCCAGGCGUUUAUGGCAACAAACAAGUUUGCCCUUGCUACAACAACUGGAAGACCCAAGAAGGACGACCCAAAUGCCCUUGAAAAAAAAAAAUUAUAUUAAUUAUUAAUAAGAAGCCUGCCAUUGAUUCUAUAUUUAUGUGACAAUGGUGCAUCGCAGCAAGCAAUUAUUUGUUUAAUACAUUAGGACGAUCCUAAUGUAUAUAUAUCUUAGGCUCUAGUAACCUAAUGAUCUUGAGCCCACAAUACUUGUGUUGUGUUGGCUUUGUUUUAUUUUAUCUUGAUUCAAUUUUGUAACUUCGCUCUGAAAAUUAUGAAAGAAAUUGGUCACAAAGCUGUGAAAUUAUAUGAAAUCAUGAAGACAUUAUAUGAGAUCCUCAACCAAA